UCAGCAGCUGGGAAAGGGGCGGAGCGAGAGAAGAGGCUUUUGUGAUUGGUGAAUAGGUAUCUUUAGUAUGGGACGUAGGAUUUGGGAAUCAAGUUUGGAAGCGCCUUCUUUCCUCCCAUUGGCUGAAUUGUUUGAGUGGCGCUAACUAGCAAACCGGGCCUGGAGCGGAAGACGCAAAAAGAAACCUGAAUACGCACUUGUGACUUACUUAUGACGCACUUCCGGCGCGCUAAGUGGGGGAAAUGGCUGCGUCUCAGCCGCAGGUUCCCGCGGCUUCUUCCGCUGCUGGUGUGUCGGGUCCAGGUUCAGCUGGUGGCCUGGGUACCCAGCAGCAACCGCAGCCACCUACACAACUGGUGGGGUCUGCCCAGAGCGGGCUUUUGCAGCAACAGCAACAAGACUUCGACCCUGUGCAGCGGUAUAAGAUGCUCAUCCCACAGCUGAAGGAGAGUCUGCAGACUUUGAUGAAAGUUGCAGCCCAGAACUUGAUUCAGAACACUAACAUAGACAACGGACAAAAAAGCAGUGACGGACCCAUACAGCGCUUUGACAAGUGUCUGGAGGAAUUCUACGCACUCUGUGACCAGCUGGAACUCUGCCUGCGCCUGGCACAUGAGUGCCUAUCACAGAGUUGCGACAGUGCCAAGCACUCUCCCACGCUGGUGCCCACAGCAACCAAGCCAGAUGCAGUACAACCUGACAGCCUACCCUAUCCUCAGUACCUGGCAGUCAUCAAAGCCCAAAUUGCCUGUGCCAAGGACAUUCACACCGCUCUGCUAGACUGUGCCAACAAGGUUACUGGGAAGACUUCUGCACCACCUACUGGCUCUGGGGGUGCCUUGUGAGCUGGCACGGCUGGGAGUGAGCAACUUGUGGGGGAGAGGGACAGGGAAGGAAUGAAGAGUGACCUCAAAGCAGCUUUGUCUCUGACUUUUCUUCCCACCUGAGUGCUUGGGUGGCAGCCAGCAGGGGGCAGCAGAGGCCAGCAGGGAGUGCAUGGGGAAGAGGAGGGUGGGGAGCCACUCUGUGGGUGGCCUGCUCUCCCGGUGGACUUUGGACUGUGCCUUUGGAAAACCUCUUCCUGGGAUGCUUCUACUAUCUGCCCUCAGUUUGAAACCCUAACUGUGCCCCUGUCCCUCUGUCCUUACUUGACUCUGUCCCAGUAUGGGUGUGGUCUCUGUGCUCCUUUUUCUAGCUGUUCCCUUGUGUGUCUCUGCUGCAUGUAUCUAUUAUCUCUCUCAUUCAGCCUUUUUGUCCAUAUGUCUGUCUCUCUGCCUCUGUAGUUCUGUGUCUCCCUAUCUCUGACUAUCUUUCAGUCCCCCUUUGCUGGCCUCCGCCCCCAACUCCUCACUGGAACUCUGUGUCUAUGAAGGAGACCAAAUUCUGGGAGCCAGAACCUCUGGGAUACCAAAGGCGAGGGGAGGGAGCUUCAUUUCCAGGAGCUAGCUAACAGCCAAGCCGAGGGAUCCCAGGCACCUCCCAUGUCAGCCCAGCCCCCAGUAUCCUUGGCCCAGGAAAGGGGAAGUAAUGGGGUCCAAGCCCUGACCUCAGCAUGCCUGGUUGGGGAGCAACUCAGGCCCCCACCCGUAUCCAGGGCCUGCGUCAGCAUCACUUAAACUGGGGGCAUUGUGCAAUCUGUGGUGAAGCCUUGGCCCAGCUGGAUGCCUGGGUCACCAUAUUUUUAGGCCCAAAGGAGAAGUGAAAAGGCCUCAGAAGGGGUGAAUCAUCUGUCCUGGGGAAGAACCCAGGUGCCUUGCCUGGGCCCCAGCUCUGGGAAGCAGGCCUUGGGGAAGGGGCUUCAAGGAGGGAGUGCCCUACCAGGCUCCCCACUUCUCUGAGAGCAAGCUUUGGAGAGCUCAGCCAUGGCCUUCAGGCCUGGGCAAGUGUAGGGUGUAGCUGCCAGCCCAGGCCUAGUUGGAGGGGUGUGAAAGGCUCCAGUGACUCAGCCUGGUUGGGGAACUGCCCCACCCAACAUUUUCUGUGCCCUGAUUCCCAUGUUCCUGCCCAGAGGCCUCUUGUUCUGGACCCCGCAUCUGCAAGGAAAGCCCAGGAACAUGGAGACCCAUGAUAUACCCAAAGCCCAAGUCCCCACACUGGAGUCCUUGGAAAUGGCCAGCCGUGUGGGUGUGGGUGUGGGUGUGGGUGUGGGUGUGGGGCAAGUAGGACAGGCCCACGGGAAGGGCAGCAGAUCUCUGGGUCACUAGCUGAAGCUGCUUUCCACAGGUAGAAUUUCUUCCUCAGGGAAGCCACAUUUCUGCCCAUUUAUUUGACUGAAUCAACUCCCCAAGUCAUCUAGGAUAUUUCCUUUACUUAAAGUGAACUGAUUAUAAACUUUAAUCACAUGUACAAAAUUCACAGCAUCAUCUAGAUUACUGUUUGAUUGAAUCAGCAGGGGACUGUAGCCUAGCCAAGUUGACAUGUAAAACUGACCAUCAUAAUCUAGUCCUUGUCGAUUUGGCACCCAUACACAUCUAAUUAACUAUAGUUAAUCUCUAAUUAAAUACAAGAACAAAGUCAUCUUCCCACCUAACAUGAUGCAAUUAUCUGUGUACGGCCAGAAAUGCACUCUUUACCCCAAAGAGCCCCCCUGGCUCUCAGCCUGGGGUACAUGAUGUAUGUUAGUGGGAGAUGUAGGUCACAGCACACACAUUUAGGAGACAUGCACACCUGUCCUGUGAGGUGGAGUCAGCACAAGAAACUUACUAAGAAAAUCAUAAGGAAUGAAAAAUACAGUAUUUAUUGAAAAAAAUCCACAUGUGAGUGGACCUGCCCAGUUCAUGUGUCAGCAGUAUGUCAAAUAGAAGUUUCAAGAAGAAAAAUAAAGCAGAAAACUGGGAUCAAAAAUAGAGACUUUUGAUUGGGGGGAGUGGGGUGGGGAGUAGGAAUAAAUAACAUGCAAGAUUUGCAUGAGAAGAAUUGUUACUUUAUUGAGAAAGUUUGAGAGCUUAGGUUGGGUAGUGGUUCAUAGGUAUUCAUUAUUAUGGUCUGUAAAUAGAUGUCCCAUAUAUUUAUUAUUUGUUAAGUAGAUAGCAAUAUUUUUUUUUUUUAAUCUUUGACAGAGGAUAUGAAGGCCUCACUGACAAGAUUGACUUGAAGGAGAGAGAAUAAGUUAUGAAUAUAAGGGCAUUGAGGGAAACAGCAUUCCAGGAAGAGGGCAUGGAAUGGCAAGCACAAGGCCCUGAGGCAGGAAUGGGACAGUGUUUAUGGAAUAAUGUGGAGGCCUGGACCAUAGUGAAGGAGCUGGAAUAGAAGCCAAGACAGGUUAUGGAGGACCUUGGUUUAGAUCCGCACUGGAUUAUUCAACCCAGAAGGAGAUUGUACAGUCAGGGGACAUAGGGACUUAUCUCACCCCACCCAGCAGGGAACAGCAUAACCCGCCAUCCUACAGUCAUGGUGUACUCAUGGUCUUAGCACAAGCCCACAGACUAAAGGAACAAUUCAACCAUGUAAAAUAUAUAAACAACCCUCUAACCACCACUUAAUCUGCUAUCUCUCACCCCAUCACAGACUUUGCCCAUGACAGGCUGACUCAGCCCUGCCCUCAGUCAACACUAUCAAAAGCAGCCUGGGCUGGGGAGAGAUAGUUUCCCAGGUGGCAAUGUGUGUGCCUGUGUGUCUGGUUGGUCCACAGAGGCCACCAGCAUCAGCGAAAUGGAGUGGGGUGUGCGCCAGCU